UUAUGGAAUGUCAAAUAUCGAACACUCCUGGAUGAAUGAUUGUACAAAACCAAACCGUCACCCUCAUAAGAACCCUCAAAGUAGUUAUUCCGCCGAGGCAUUAAUUGGUCAUCAAGAUCACACCGAUACGUCACUACCCAAGCAAAGGUACCGACAACAAGCACCCUAUCCAACGACAAAUAAAGCACUGCCUAUUCCAACAUUUUUAUCUGAUAAUAUCGUACCAUACUUCCCACCAGUUGAAAUACCGCAAGAUAACAACUUUAUGCAAUCCAAUACGAACUAUCAAAGCUUCAACACAUCAGUGCAAAAUAACUCGUACGUCUCAAGCGGCCCAACAAUAACAUCCAGUUACUUACAGCCGUCAAGCUUGAUGCCCGAAUUCCAAAACUUUCCCUCGAUGAUUUCCGAUGAAAAAAUCGAUAGCAAGCAUUGUAACAGAAAUGAUCCAGUUAAACAGGCAUCGGUCGCAAAUCGCGCGGAAAUCGGUCAGGUUAACGCGGAUUGUGCAAGUACCACGAAUAAUUUCAUAAAAAAAUCGAAAAGCAAACAGCCGAAUGAAUCAAAUUUGCCCGGUAUUGUCGAUUUCGGAUUUCUCUCGAUGCCAAAUACCAUAAAUUCUCCCAUUUUGCCUGACGAUUUUCACACGCAUUCCAACUUCCUUCCGCCGCCAACACCCAGCCAACUUUAUCCAUGCAAAAAUCCCUUGUAUGGGAAGCAGUCGUCCGAGUUACUGCCGUUACCACCCGUUCCCGUGACUAGGAGUAGUACGCAGAAUUUCGACGUCCCGGCUGGUGUCACCGCUAAUGCUGGUUCGUCGCUAACGAGUUUCAAUCUUAGCGCAAUAUUUCCGGAGAUCAAUAAGGGGAGUAUGCCAUUGCCCGGUCUUUAUCCAGAUCCUGCGAAGAAUAAGAAUUACAACUUUCAGAGGAAUUACAUUGGCAGUUCUGUACAGGUGUUUAAGUCGACAUCAUCGACAAGUUAUGUCAACUCUCUGUCUACUUCGUAUGCUCCGUCUAAUUAAAUUAGUGGUUGUGUAUUGAGAGCUAAAACGUUUACUUCCGUAUCAGUACUUUGUAAAUAUUUAUUGUUUUUUAAAGUGUACCUGAUUAUUUUUAAGAAAGCGUUUAAGUUUAA